GCUGCUACGCAUUGCUAUGUCAGCUGCAUCAUCAAAUAGGCCAAAGGGAGCGAAACGGGUUCACUCAGUUGCCAAGCUCUGCCUGCCAUGGAGGGGUGGUUAAUCUUGUGUAUAGCCAUCUCCACUGUAUUAGCCCUUUGGUUUGCCAAGCUCUCCGGUGGCAAAAGCAACGCCAAGAAGAGGCAGCUGCCACCCGGGCCAUGGACACUCCCGAUCAUCGGCAGCCUCCACCACGUCGCCAGCAUCCUUCCGCAUCGCAGGAUGAUGGAGCUGUCCCGCCGGCACGGGCCGCUCAUGCACCUCAUGCUAGGCGAGGUGCCCACGGUGAUCGUCUCCAGCGCCGAGGCGGCGGCCCUGGUGAUGAAGACCAACGACCUGGCCUUCUCGGGCCGCCCGCACAGCGCCACGCUCGACAUCUUCGGGUGCGGCGGCAGGGGCAUCGUCUUCGCCCCCUACGGCGACCCGUGGCGCCAGAUGCGCAAGGUCUGCGUCAUGGAGCUCCUCAGCGCCAAGCAGGUGCGCCGCAUGGACGGCAUCAGGCCCGAGCAGGUCGGGAUCCUCCUCCGCUCCAUCGCCGCCGCAUCGUCCGCCGUCAACGUCAGCGACAUGGUCAUGGCGCUCAGCAACGACGUGGUGUCGCGGGCGGUGUUCGGCGGCAAGUUCCCCCAGCAGGAGGAGUACCUCCGAAACCUGGACGAGGCGUUUGUACUGCUCGGCGGCUUCUGCCUCGUCGACCUCUUCCCGUCGUCGCGGCUGGUGCGGUGGCUCAGCAGCGGCGAGCGCGGCAUGAAGAGGAGCUACGGACACGUCCAGCGCAUCAACACCGAUGUCAUCGAGCGCCGGAAAGCUGCGCGAGCUGCCGGUGUGUGCAGCCGCGCCGAUGACGAGGACCUGCUGGAUGUGCUGCUCAGGCUACAGGAGGAAGACGCGUUUACAUUUCCCCUCACCACCGAAAGUAUUGGCGCCGUCUUAUUUGACAUAUUUGCAGGUGCGACCCAAACCACGGGAGUUGCUUUGGAGUGGGCUAUGUCGGAGCUCGUCCGUCAUCCUAAAGCCAUGGCUAAGGCACAGCUUGAGAUUAGAAAUGUGCUAGGUAAAGAUCGUGGUGUCAUUACAAAUAAUGACCUUCAUGGACUCCCUUACAUGCGGAUGGUUACUAAGGAGGUUCUUAGAUUGCAUCCACCCGGUCCUUUGAUCCCCCGCAGGGCUAGGGAGGACCGUAAAGUUAUGGGUUUUGACAUGCUUGAAGGCACCAACGUGUACAUUAAUGCCUUCGCAGUUUCCAGGGAUCCAAAUUGCUGGAAAUGUCCUGAAGAGUUUAUGCCUGAAAGGUUUGAAAACAAUAGCAUGGAUUACAAUGGGACAUACUUUGAAUUCACUCCCUUUGGGGCAGGAAGAAGGCAGUGCCCUGGGAUAUUUUUCGGCGAGUCAACCAUGGACAUUGCCUUGGCAAACCUUCUUUACCACUUCGACUGGGUGAUACCUGGUGGGGAAAGCCCGGAGUUGCUAGACAUGACCGAGAAAUACGGGAUAAUUGUAGGAAGAAAAUAUGACCUACAUUUGAUAGCUCUUCCACAUGGAGGCUUUAAUGCCACAUAGAUACAUAUAGAUGUGGAAAUGCACGUGGAUGCAUCUUCAAUUAUACACAAGUAUUGUUACUAUGUAACUAGC